AUGUUUUCUUGGGAAUUGGAGGAAGAAGCUAGUUUGAUUGAAGUCCUAUCGUCAGCCGCUUCUCUGUCUCCACACAAAGCUGACUGUAUUUUCUGGGCUUGUGCUACUGUAAGCAGUGGUGAGUUUUCUGUUUCCUCAAUUUACUCUUUCAGUAAUUCCACACUUGGUUCUCAUCUUCUAAUUUGUAAUCAUAUCUGGAAUAGAGCUAUCCCUCCUAAGGUUUCAUUUUUCUGUUGGUUGGCUUGGAAGAACAAAAUUAAGUCUGCAGAAUUUAUGCACAGAAUUGGUAUUUUAGACCCAUCUGCUUCCAUCAGUUGCACCUUCUGUGGCUUUGAAUCUGAAUCAGCCACACAUGUCUUGCUUCACUGCCCCUUUUCAUGGCAGAUUUGGUCUUCAAUUAUUCAAGAAUGGGGGCUUUCUUGGUGCAUUCAAGAUUCAGUUGAUGGCCUUCUUCAAUGGUGGAUGAGAGUAAACUUCAAUCACUUUGAUAGAUUAAUUUGGAGAGCUAUCCUGCUCAUUGUUCUUUGGUCGUUGUGGAAGUGUAGGAACGAAUGUAUUUUCGAAGAGGCUCAACCAAAUAUUUCAGAUUUUAGUGAAACUAUCAAAGUCAGAGCUGCACUAUGGCUGAAAGCAAGCAUCAAGGACCUUCCCUUCUCAGUUGAUGAUUUAACCUUCAACUGGAGACAAAUCAGAGCUGGGAUUUCAAAUCUUUAA